GUCAAAAUGUAAGGGUUUGACAUUUGUAGGUUAUGUGAGGGGGAAAUGUCACAAUUUUUGAAAAGAAAAAUGUUGAACGACUACGACGCAAACAAUGAAAAUUACAAGACCAUAUCCAUUUUGUCACAAUGUUGUCAAGGUAUUGGAACAGUGCAUUUAGCUAAGCAUUUAUCCAGUGGCCAAAUGGUUGCAAUCAAGAAAUUUAACAUGGAUAAAGCAAAGGAUGAAAUUAAUUUAAUUGAGCAAGAGAUCAUUUUGACUAGACAACUGAAACAUCUUAAUAUAAUCAAAUACCACAUUGCCUUUGUUAGUGGGCCAGAGGUUUGUGUCAUUAGUCCACUCAUGGGAUAUGGGUCUUGUCGAGAUUUAAUAAACACACAUUUUAAUGAUGGAUUGCCCGAGAAUGCAAUUGCACUCAUUACAAGGAGCGUUUUAGAUGCCCUAGACUACAUACAUAAACGAGGGAUAAUUCACAGAGCAAUUAGAGCUAGUCAUAUAUUGAUCUCAGCAAGUGGCCUUACUUGUUUAUCAGGGUUUAGGUACUCUUGUCCAAUUGUGAAUAAUGGAAGGUGGCAAAAGCAGAUCCACUCAUUUCCAGCAAGCACAGCAAGAAAUUUGAAUUGGCUCAGUCCGGAAGUUUUAGAACAAAAUUUAGAAGGAUACAAUGAAAGAUCUGACAUUUACAGUUUUGGUAUGCUUAUAUGUGAAUUGGCAAAUGGAUCUGAACCAUACUCAAAUACAUCAUCUACAUUAAUGCUAACAGAGAAAGUAAGAGGUUGUAUACCACCUUUACUUGAUUGCACAACUCUACCAGAUGAAAGUGAAAUGCAUGGAGAUUCUGGAUUGAAAUUGUCUUACCAUCGGCAGGCUCGUCGUCAAUUUAGUGAUUAUUUGCACGAACUUAGUAUGCUGUGCUUACAGCGGAAUCCUUAUGAAAGACCUACAACGAAUUAUUUGCUAACCCAUCCGUUCUAUAAAUUGAGUCGACGUACUUUACAACUAUGCGAAUUACUUAAACCUGCUCUACCUUUAAGCGAUAAAGUCGCUUACAACAAUGAUGAAAUGGAAUGUUUCGAGAGUCUGCAGAAAAUUACCGACAUUGAUUUGUAUUCCUGUGACUGGGAUUUUUAAGAAAAAUGUGAUAAGUCAGUUCAUUACUUUCAUUACUAUAUGUUCCCUCCGAAUUUAUUAAAGAUAUAUAAGUUCGCUGGAAAAAUGGAAAUUCACACUUGUGUUUUCGUUUAUUCGUAUUUGCCACAUUCUAAGCAUUGCAGAAUAAACGACUUUUAUUUA